ACCAAAAAUUUUGUUCUCCUCUCAGCUAUGGAUUAUUUCGAGGAGCGGCCGUCGUGAGGCGGAAGUUCGCUGUGAGUGGGAGUCAGCUUCUCCGAAGCCGUCGUUUUGACGAAGAGCGUAGGAGCGCAGCGUGGGGCUUGUGUUUUUCCAGCGGCGGUCUCAGUUCGUUCCAGCGAGAAAGGGAUAGUGUUCGUUUUGAGCGUGGUGGCAAGGUUCCGAUUGUUCCAGCAGUGGGGAGUUUUCAAUGGAAAACAUGGUCAAUCAUUACAAGAAUAUGGCAAUUGGUGGGAUUCUUAGGCGUUGAUCUUGGAUGAUGACGAGUUUGGAGAACCUGCAAUGGAGGGUAGGCGGCUGAGCUUCCCGAUUAUUGGUACACUUUUGACUGACAGAAGGAUUAAGUUCCAGAUAUUCAAGGAACUCAGGUCUUCUUUGCGGAGACCAGGAAAAGGUGUGUAGAUCAAAAAAAUUGGCGACAAAAGGUAUAUGUUUAAUUUCUAUCAUAAUGUGGAUAUGAAACAUGUUUUAGAUGGUUGUCCGUUGUUGUUUGAAAGAAAUUCGUUGAUUCUAAAGGAGGUCAAGCCAAAUGAUAUUCCGCUCAAAAUUAAUCUCAAUGAGGCAGAAUUCUGGAACAUGUUCAUCAUGUUCCUUAUAGUCUUAUGAAUUUAGGCACAACUAGGAGGAUUGGUAAUCUUAUUGGUAAAUUUAUUAGCUAUGAUGAAAACCAAUUUCACGAAAAGUGGGAAGCAUAUUUGCGUGGUAGGGUCUGUAUGGAUGUGGGUAAACCUCUGAAAAAGGAACACCUCUUAAGAAAGGAGAAAUUGGUCACCGGUCACUGGGUAGAUUUUAAAUAUGAAAAGUUACCCAAUUUUUUCCUUAUUUGUGGAAUUAUUGUUCAUUCUGAUAAGUUCUGCCCAUUGACAUAUGAGGACAACUUGACACCGGAAAAAUAUUAUGGGGUGAAUCUUAGAGUUGGUGGAGGGGGGAAGACUAGUCCUACAGGGGGAAUAAGUGGUUAGUGGAAGGCUCUUCUAGCUCAGCGUUGGGGAAUUCAAGAUGAUAUUCAGACGAGGGUUGGAGCAGGAGGACAGGGUUGAAGGGAGUCCACGACGGGUACAGGCAAUAGCACGACCAAAGAAGGGGAUUUGGGGAGCAUUGAAGAAAUGUCAGGGGAACAAAAACGUAGGAGAAUUUAGGAAGCUCGGGAACAAGAGGAUCCAGUUGGUGAUAACAUGGCUCUGGACAAGCCAAAAAAUGAGGAGGAGGUGGGCUCCGAUCUUUAGGCCCACCGAAGCAUCAAAAGCAGUUAGAAUGGUCGGGUACGUGGACGGCUAGUAAUGUUUGUAAAUGAGUGAAUCACUUAUAAUGUAAAAGGAGCAUAAUGUGUAAAUGAGCUAGUGUAAAAGGAGGUAGUGUAAAUGAAUUAUGAUUAAGUGGAAAUGAAAUUAUUGAGCAUAAUGUGAUAGAAAAGCUUGAUUAUGAAGCUAUAGUUGAUAAUCGGCUUUGCUUCACAAUGAUCGGCAAGGAAUGUAUUUAAGUAUUUUUUUUUGUUUUAUCGUGAUUUGUCUAUAUUUAAUUCAAUGAAUUCAAGUGUUUUCUUUAUUAUAAAGGUCUUCGAAAUUAUUAUUUU